UCCCUCCCGCCCUCUUCCCCCUUCCUCUCUCCCUGCAGCCGGCGUCCCUACUGCGCCGCCCGGGCAGCCCAGAGCGCGGCGCGCAAGGGCACCGGAGCCAGGGGCCGCGCACCUCGGGGCCGCGGCGGGCCCGGGUCCAGGCUCGCACCGGCGCUCUCCAGCCCGGACCCAGCUCAAACAGCCAGCAUCCCGAGCCCGGACCCUGAGUCCACGCAUCCCCUUGGCCCAGAGCGAGGAUGAGUACCCUGGGCCAGGCACAAAGUCGGCGUUCAACUUUGUAAAGACAUGGUUGGAGUGUGUCUGUGUGUAGCGGGGACAGCGAGCUGAUGCCGAGAGUCGGCCGGCUGCCCUGCCUCCUCCUUCCCGGGCCGCCGCCGUCGCAGCCGCGCGCGCACACGCACGGCCAUCGGGCCGCGUUUCCGAGCUCCGGCUCUGGGCUUGGAUGCGAGUUUUCAUUUCCAAAGGAGGCAGAGCCCGCGUGGAGCGCUGAGGGGCUCAACCCCCCACCCACUCGUCGCCAGUGCUGUCACGCUCCGGCUGGCGGGGAAAAGAGACUCGCACGCCUAGCUUUGUUGUGGAAAUCCGGUUACCUGACUUAUCACCUAUCCCAUGGAUACAUUACUUGACUUACCGUGAAAGGAUCAGUAGCGCCAUUGGAUACUGACCAUCUUGGCCUUAGGGCUUUCAGGAUGAAUGGAAGGUCAUGUGGCAUGAGUCUCCAUCGGCCAUCAAGAAACCCGCAGGGGCCUGGGUUGCUCAGUGGUCAACAUACUCCUCCCAUCAGAGCCCACUCGGGCGCUCCGGGCCCCUCGUCCUGUGCCAGCCUACCCAGCCCCGCUAUUGGAAGUCCUGCUAACAGCCUCCACCUCAGGAUGUCCUCCGGAGCAGGGAUUGCUGCUCAGAGCGACGUGGCCUUGAGCCCCAUCCAUCUGCCCGCCCUGAGCCCCAGGAGACAGUUACUCACCAAUGGGAAGCCUCAGUUUCCCGCCACUCAGGGCCGUGGCUUGGCCGCAUCGCUUACUGUAAAGCCCAAACAGCAAGAAUUUGGAGACCCCUUUUCUCCAAAUCCCGAGAAAGGGGCUCUUGGCUUUGGGCCUCAGUGCAAGUCCAUUGGAAAAGGCAGCUGCAACAAUCUAGUGGUCACCAGCAGUCCCAUGAUGGUUCAGCGACUGGGACCCAUUUCACCUCCAGCAAGCCAGGUCUCCACAGCAUGCAAGCAGAUCAGUCCUAGCUUACCGAGGGCACUGAAUGCAGCCAACCUGAAUAGACCUCCUUCAGAUUCCAGGUCCCUCAUUCUGCAAGAGUCCCUGGUGUCCACGACUUUGAGUCUGACGGAGACUCAAUCGGCCUUGAGUGUCAAGCAGGAGUGGUCUCAGAGCUACAGGGCUUUUCCUUCCCUGUCAUCGAACCAUGGCUCUCAGAAUGGCAUGGACCUAGGGGACGUCCUGAGCUUGCCUCCUGGCACACCGGGGGCCAGCAAUAGCGUCUCUAACCCUUUGCCACCUUAUCUUUUUGGCAUGGAAAAUAGCCACUCUCCUUACCCUAGUCCUCGGCACUCAGCAACCAGGUCCCACUCCACCCGCUCCAAGAAAAGAGCUCUGUCCCUGUCCCCGCUGUCUGAUGGCAUUGGGAUUGACUUCAAUACUAUCAUCCGCACUUCGCCGACUUCCUUGGUUGCCUACAUCAACGGAUCAAGAGCCUCCCCUGCCAACGUGUCCCCACAGUCGGAGGUCUAUGGGCAUUUCCUGGGUGUUCGUGGCAGCUGCAUUCCCCAGUCUUGUGCAGUGUCCAGUGGGCAGAAAGGUGUGCUGGUGGCCAGCGGAGGGCAGGUGCUGCCAGGCUAUGGCGAGGACGGUACCCUGGAGUACGAGCGCAUGCAGCAGCUGGAGCAUGGUGGCCUGCAGUCUGGACCUGCGAACAACGUGGCGCUGCAGCCGGGCCUACCGGGCCAGGAUGGGUCAGCCAAUAUGCUCAAAACCGAGCGCCUGGAGGAGUUCCCAGGCAGUGCCUUGGACCUGCCCUCAGCGCAGCCUCUCCCUCCUCUUCCCCCGCCUCAGGGCCCCCCACCCCCAUACCAUGCCCACCCACACCUUCAUCACCCAGAGCUCCUGCCUCACACACAGCCACUGGCCCUGGCCCAGGCUGGCCUGGAUGAGGAUGGGGAGAUGGAGGACUCAGGGGGCAAGCACUGCUGCCGUUGGAUAGACUGCAGUGCCCUAUAUGACCAGCAGGAGGAACUGGUGAGGCACAUCGAGAAGGUCCACAUAGACCAGCGCAAGGGGGAAGACUUCACCUGCUUCUGGACUGGCUGCCCAAGGAGGUACAAGCCCUUCAACGCCCGCUAUAAGCUGCUGAUCCACAUGAGAGUCCACUCCGGGGAGAAGCCCAACAAGUGUACGUUUGAAGGGUGCAAGAAGGCCUUUUCAAGGCUUGAGAACCUCAAGAUUCAUUUGCGGAGCCACACGGGGGAGAAGCCAUACCUGUGCCAGCACCCGGGCUGCCAGAAGGCUUUCAGCAACUCCAGUGACCGUGCCAAGCACCAGAGGACGCAUCUUGACACUAAACCUUAUGCUUGUCAAAUUCCAGGAUGUACAAAACGCUACACCGACCCAAGCUCCCUCAGAAAGCACGUGAAAGCACACUCUUCCAAAGAGCAACAGGCAAGGAAAAAGCUGCGGUCUAGCGCUGAGCUCCAUCCAGAUCUCCUCACCGACUGUCUCGCUGUGCAGCCUCUGCAGCCAGCCACUUCCCCCAGAGAUGCUGAUGGUGCCAUGGGACACUCCCCAGGGCCAGGGCCUGGGCCUGAACUCUAUCCAGCUCCCAUUUUCGCCAGCAGUCAUUCAAGCCGAAGUGGAACAGCUGCUGGGGCCGUGCCACCCCCACAUCCUGUCAGUCACCCUUCUCCGGGACAUAAUGUACAGGGGAGCCCCCACCACCCCUCCUCCCAGUUACCUCCACUCGCAGCUGUGGACGCAGGCACCGAGAGGUUCGCACCUCCGACUCCAUCUCCUCAGCACUUGAGCCCAGGAAGAGUCCCAGCUCCUCCGUCACUGCUGCAGAGAGCACAGCCUCCGCACACCCAGCAGCCACCAGGCUCACUCCUGAAGUCCUACCAGCCAGAAACAAACCCUGCUUUUCAGUCGAAUGGUAUCCACGUCCAUGGAUUUUAUGGCCAGCUGCAGACAUUCUGCCCCCCACAUUACCCGGAUACUCUGCCACCCAGCAGCUCCUGCAGUAUGGUACCUGCCUUUGAGGACUGCCUGGUCCCUACGUCCAUGGGUCAGACUGGCUUUGACGUUUUCCACAGAGCCUUCUCAACACACUCAGGCAUUACAGUGUACGAUUUGCCUUCAGCUUCCUCCAGCCUCUUUGGGGAAUCUCUCCGCAGUGGCCCUGAAGAUCCCGCGUUCUUGCAGCUCAGCGCUGUGGACCGCUGUCCUAGUCAGCUGUCCUCCGUGUAUACCGAAGGCUAGAAGGCUCCGCAGGUCUCUCCUGCGCAUCAAGGACCUUUGAGUUGCUCAUCACCUCUUAUUUUCAUACUCUCACAAGAUGUGUGAAGGAUGUCAACCAAAUCCGUGGAGCCAGUAGGGUCACGUGGUCUCUGGAAGGCGGGACCGCAUGGUCGGUUCUCACUAUUCAGAAAUGCCUGCACCUCUUCCAUUUUCCCUCAGUUUGCUGGGCCAGGUGACAAUCAGGAAUUUCUUUUCAAAGGGAAUUUAGAGUCUCACUUUAAAGAUACCUGUCACUUCCUGCCUGUCAGCUCUCAAAAGACACCAAUGAAUGUGUCCAUGAAUGGGAUGACCCUUGCUGAAGGCUCGAAAGCGGGGAAAACUGCCCAGUCCCCAGAGGCUGGGUGUGCCACCUCGCCCUGUUUUCCCUCCUGGCUGAGUGACGCACAGUCGUGGACAGUGAGGGAAAUGCAUGUCCAGAGCAGGUGUGGCUUAGACACUCUCAAACUCUGGCUUCAACAUUUGUCUUACGUAGCCCAUGCUAACUCUUUGCUCCUCAGUUGCUCCUCCACCAGUGGCAAAAUAAGGUUUUAUAUUCACUGGCCUACUUUGUUUUUGAACUUUAAAGACUUGCUUUUUACAUCUACUUUUAAAGGAAAAAUAUUUAAAGGUUUGUUCAUUUGUUAUAAGUCAGUACCCUUUUAAUCACCCCAGCUGCGUGUAUUUUACCACAGCCGUAACUCUUCCUGGCCUAAUUUUGCAGUUUAGCAAAGGUUAUCUGAGGAAAACAGAAUAGUUUUGUGCACGUAUGCGUGCGUGCUUGCACACACACACACACACACACACACACACACACACACACACACACUCUCUGCCUGCCUCCCUCUAGGCUUGUUACAAGAACCCUUAAGUGCUGUGUCUGGUGGGUUUUUUUCCCUCUAAACCCCAGCAUUUGAAAGGCAUUCUGAGUUUGAAGGUAGCCUGGUCUACACAGUGAGUUCCAGUCCAGCCAGAGAUACAUCUUAAAAACUAAUAAUAACUUUCAUGUAUUGAUGGCUCAAUGACUCCAGCCUGAAAAACAUCUCGUGUGAUGGUUUGUGCAUUGCCUCUACUGUAGUGCUUAGACCAGGAAUCAUGAGAGCUGGGACACACUGAGGCUUGUGCGUGGCUUUGUUCAGAAACCAAGCCAAGCGCCCCUGUGGUCCAGUUAUUCCCUGUGCCUUCUGCCCAGUUCCUUCCAGGGUUCCACUCGUCUCCGUCUCCUGUGUUCUGCCCUUCUUAUUUUCACGUCCUCUCCUCCUUUCCUCACUGUGUUUCAGCUGUACCGACAUCCCCAAAUCCUGUCAACUCUUGGGAAUGUUCACAGAAGGUAGACUCAGGAAAGCAACUUUUUGGAACUCAUCUUUGAAGGCCUGGAAUUUUUUACAGAGCACCUCGCCUUUUUAUGUUAAGCCUAAACACGACAUCAUUUUCCACGGACAGAAAGGUACUUUAAAAGAGCCUGUGUCCUAGGGCAGAGGCUGUAUAAAUAAGCCAAACCCCAAAAAAGCUGCUCAGUUCCAGCAUUCUGGUUCACUCAUAUUUCAGGAUUUGUUUGCUUCUUAAAAAAAUGCUUUUUCAAAUGGAACUACAGCUAAAUUCUUUAUGAAACUGGGGUCACUGUGACCUUAAAUAGCUCAGUGUCUGGGGGUCCUGAGACUGCUUGUGCUCUAAUAGACAGGCGUGUGAGUCCCAAAUCAGAAGAGUUCCACCUCUUCCCACGCUUCACUCCGGAUGCCACUGGAUGGGGUAGAUAAAGAACCGGGUGUGGGUUCUAGUUUCACAGCCUAUGGCUUGGACUGAUGUUGCUGAAAAGGCCGCAUUCUUGGGGUGAACUAUUGUGUAGACAUCUGAGGCACAAGACCUUGAGUUCUCUUGGGUCUUCUGAACAUUAAGGAAGAAGGCACAUCAGGCUACCUCCACAGGUGAGCUCUCAGGCUGCUAAAACUAUAACCCUUCAAGACCUGGUUGGGUCAUUACACUUGGGCUAAGCAAGAACACACUUACGUUAACACUGACUUACCUGGUGGAGGCCCUCAUUUUACUUCUGUCACAUUCUAGAAAGAAAAGGAGACCCUACUCUCAAGGGAAGCAUCAUUCAGUUCUUACACCCUAAAGCUUUCACAAGGCACCCUAGGCAUAUUUCAUCUGGUGCUAAGGAAAGAACAGAUGAAAGGCUCUUGUCCGCUCCACCUUGUGGAGUUACAUGAGUAGGCUGAGCAUCAUAGAAGGGAACAGAAGCACAGGGCCAUACAUGACAUCUCCCCCUGUGGCGGAGACGUGGGCUCGUGAGGCAGGCUCUGGACUCAUGGCUGCAUGGCACUGCUUCUUUCCUGGAUCACCUAGGAGGAUUUCGUGUCAUCAAGGCCUUCUUACUAGGUCAUACAUCCAGUCCCUGCCCCAUAGGCAGCUGCAGAAGGACAUUCUUGCUGUCAGAAAGAAGCAUGCUUGGAGCCAGGUCCAUUGCAGCCCUCCUGAAGGUCCUCCUCAGUGUAUUCCUGAAAGCCGCUGGUCUGUGGGCAGGGCCUAAUGACAUGUCACAUUCAGGGUCCUUCACUUUGCACAAACUCUGUCUAUCCUUAGGUUCCAGAAUUUCUCCUAAGCUUGAAAUGUGCCCCUCACUUACUUUGACCUACAUAGUUCCGUCCGUGUUUUUAAAGCAGCGAAAAUCAAGCUUAAAAAUCAUAGAUCAUUCCCUUCCAUUCCUGGGCCCUUUUAGUCCUGAUGGGUAGCCAUUUUUAUAAACAUCCAAAUGGAAAUCGUCAUUCCCCUUUAAAAACAAAAACACAAACAACAAAAACUAGUGCUGGUGAAAACACACAUAGCCCAAAUCCAAUUAUCCCAUUACACAAAACAGAUCAGUAUGCCUAGAGACAUUUCAUUGCUUCAUCCGUUGCCAUAACUCCCUAAAGGGACUGCGUCAAAGUGUCACUUGUAAUUUACGCUCUGAUCAUCACUUAACUGUUUAAAUAUCUCAUGACCCUGAGAGGUACAGUUCUUUAUGCGGGUCUGCACCAUGACCCAGCUGAUUUCAAGUGGACAAUGCAGUGUGUGGCAGACCACAGGAUAAAAAUCCCGAUGACAGUGUUGGUUAGCUCCAGUUCAAGUGACCAACUGGCCAGGGUUCUGGUUCACUAACACAAGCUUGGGACAGGGCUAACCAGCCUCCGUGUCAUAGAACUUAUCCCCCUCCCCACCCCCUGAUUGCCUGGAAAUUUUGACAAUAGCCUCCGCAAUGUUCAGUUUUAUGAUUUGGUGUUUGAUUUGAUGUGACUGUUUAGACCCAUGUUGUCAUUGCUGCAGAUAGAGUAACAGGGCAAGAGAAAAAAAAAAAAAAACCAACUCAUUGGAUAAAAUGGGGAGUGUAAAAAUGAAGAGAUUUAUUUUGUACAGACAAAGAAGUGUCCUCUGUAAUGUUGCUGACAUAAAGCACUUUGGGGGGGUGAGGGACGUGGAAGUCUGUUUCCCAUAAAUCAUGCAGCCCCUUGUA